AUGGAUCCUUAUUGGGAUGGGAGUUGUAUGGAUCCAUCUUACUACGACAACUGCUAUAAUGAAAUUGAGGAAAAUUCGGUCUCUAGCAAUUUAGAAGAUGUUGAUCCAGGGCUGAAAAUUAUCCAAGAUUUUUCAACAAAUCCAACAGAUAUCGAAAAAUUUCAAAGCCUAAAAGACGUUACAGACGAACAAACGCUAUGUUCAGUCACAAACUACGUGAAAUUACAAGUUUUUUUUAAUAUUUUAGAUCAAUAUUCCGAUGUAAAAGAAAUAUGCACCUUAGAUGUGCAAAUACUUUCAAUACUCCUUAAGAAUUCGGCAGCCAAAAUAUAUGAUGAAACAUUUAUGGAAUUUUUAUUAUCCCAUCAAAACCUUAUCAUCGCACCGUUACUAUAUUAUCCGAUUCACUACCUAGGUAGUAAUAGAGAUACGACAAAAGUUAUAAUAGACAUUUGUAACGAAAUUUUAGAAUCCAUAAAUUUUGAUGAUUCAUUUGAUGAAACCUCAAUUAAUCAGAUCAGAUAUUUAUUACUAACGAUGUACGAUUACAGUCGCAACACUGGAUCAAUCAAUUUCCAAAGAGAUUUAGAAGAACAAUUUACAAGAAUUAUAGACAAUCCAAAUGAAACUUGGAAGCCAUGCAUUGGACCAUUUUACAAGUUACUGUCGGUUAUUUCACUUCAUGAAAAAAAUUUUCAGAAAUCUUUCGAUUAUAUCUCGAAAUAUGCAGAAACAGAUAAUAUAGAUUCGAUAACUCAAGACUCUAUCGAAGGAGCUUUAGAAUACAUAUAUAGUUACAUUCAAAACGAUACUAUAAACACAUUAAAUGAAGAUGAUAUCAUACAAAUUAUGGAUCUGAUGCUUUAUAUUCGAUUCAAGUUAGAUAGCCAAGUUGUUUUGUUGGAUAUUGUAGAAUUUCUUGCGAAUAAGAACGAAAUAUUUUAUGAAAGCGAAUCUUUGAUGGAAUUACUCAUAGAUUCGUUUAAUGAAGCCGAUUUGAUUAGCGAAACGAGAAUUUAUCUGCUCAUGUUAAUUUUAGAAAAUUAUCCUAGAGAUGAAAACUGGUUUUACAUGGAACCUCAAAUUUAUGAUAGGAUAAUACUGAAUUCUGAUAAACUAGAAACAUUCCAAAAUGGAAAAAUCCUGAUUCAAAGAAUAAGAGCAGAAUAUAAAACGAAUAUUAGACGCUAA